AUCGCGGAUGGAUAUUGAUAUAAUUCUUCCAAUGAUUACCCAAUGUGGGUCAUGCAUUUUGGUUGGCGCUUGAUUUCCAUAAUAUUCGUGUACAAGUUGUUGGCGUACCGUGAAUGAAUAUCAGAUUGCUAUCUCAGGCUGGCCGUGGAAUUCAUUUACCAAUAUACUUUUUUUCGUGAAUAAUUGUUGGAUGUGUACGAGAAAGAUUUCACCUGAAAGUUGAUAAACCAAGGAGAUAACCAUGUCUGCUGCAUCGAAAGUUCGAAAUCUUUUUAAAAGAAAAGGAGGUGGACAUACAAGUGCUGAAAGAGAAAGACAGAAGAAGGAAAUAUUCGCCUUUAAUAAGACAGUGGAACAUGGGUUUCCAAAUAAACCAACAGCAAUCGCAUAUGAUCCUCAACUAAAGCUUCUUGCAUUGGGUACCAAAGGUGGAAUUGUUAAAAUUUUUGGUGCUCCAGGAGUUGAAUUUGUUGGGAAAAGUAAUAAUGACGCAACUGUUAAUAAGCUUUUCUUUUUACCAAAUCAGGGUCGUUUGAUCUCCCUGUGUGACGAUAACACGCUCCACCUUUGGGAGGUGAACAUCCGUGAUGGCAACUCUUUAUUAGAGGAGAUGAAAAGCUUUUGUCUCGAAGGAAGAGCUAAGGAGGAGCCGGCACUGAAGAAGAUUACAGUAUGUUGUUUAUCAGCAGAUCAUAAGACACUAUACUUAGGAACUGAAGGCGGCAAUAUCUACAUAUUGGAUGUAGUCACCUUUGACCUCACGGAUCACAUUAUCUACCAGGAUGUGGUCAUGCAAAAGCUACGUGAUUCCUCCUCCUCCUUCAGCGUACCAGACGACUGCAAAGUGAACCCAGGCGCAGUAGAGGCAAUUCAACAUCAUCCAAACAGCCCUGACAAGCUUCUGAUUGGCUACAACCGAGGUUUGAUGGUUGUAUGGGACAGCAAAGAGUUCAACGCAGACAGCACAUUCGUAAGUGACCCGUGUCUGGAGACAUUGACGUGGCAUCGGGAUGGCGUACGAUUCACCACUGCACAUCAUGAUGGCAGUUACUGUGUGUGGAACAUCAAUGAUUCAACGGCUCCCGAGAAGGACCGAACUACACCAUAUGGACCAUUCCCAUGCAAGUCUAUUGGAAACAUCAUGCACUUAACAACAAAAAGUGAUCCAUUUCUGAUAUUUUCGGGAGGCAUGCCGCGAGCAAGUUAUGGUGACCGUCACUGUGUCACGGUGAUGCAGGGAAAGAAAAACGUCGUCUUUGAUUUCACAUCACGUAUCAUCGACUUUUUCACUAUGUCGGAUGUCGACAGUGAGUAUGAAUUUGAUGAGCCACACACCCUAGUAGUACUCGUUGAAGAGGAACUUGUAUUCAUUGAUCUUCAGUCUGAAGGAUGGCCAUCGUUCACCCUUCCAUACCUGUCAUCACUCCAUGCUUCAGCAAUCACAUGCUCUCACCAUGUUAGCAAUGUGCCUUCAGAAUUGUGGGACAAGAUAUCAGCAGCUGGGGAACAACAACUUGCAUCUCAGUGUUCUCAGAGGGAAUGGCCACUGAAUGGUGGUAAGAACCUCGCUGAGGCCCCCCUGGAACAUGACCUGCUGAUGACUGGUCAUGAAGAUGGAUCCAUUCGGUUCUGGGAUGCCUCAACCGUCUCUUUGAGGUUCUUAUACAAGCUGAGCACGGCACCGUUCUUCAUAACGGACGCUGACCAUGUAGAUCCAUCAGCGGGAGCAGACAGCGAGGAAGAGUGGCCGCCAUUCCGAAAGAUUGGAGUGUUCGACCCCUAUAGUGAUGACCCACGUCUUGGUAUCCAGAAGAUGAGUCUGUGCUCAUUGAGUGGGACGCUGGUGGUUGCAGGUACUGCUGGACAGGUUAUCCACAUGAAAAUGGGCACCGAAGGGAAAACUGAACUGAUUGAGACUUGUAAGGUACAGAUUGUAGGAGAACAAGAUAAAUUUGUAUGGAAAGGACACGAAGAACUACCAGCACAGGAGGAACCUGUUACUUCAGCUGCCGGUUUCCAACCAGUCUUCAUCACACAGUGCACACCCCCAGCAGCCAUCACCGCACUCGCCGUACAAACAACAUGGGGCGUGACUGCCAUAGGUACUAGUCACGGAUUCGCAUUGGUAGACAAUACUCACAGAAAAGUGGUUACCACCCAGUGCACUUUGAACCCCUUAGAUUUGUCAGCAACAGGUGAGCAACUCUCGAAGCGGAAGUCUGUGAAGAAGUCGCUGCGUGCCACCAUCAGGAGAAUGCGUAAAGGGCGUGGCAAGAAGCAUAGUAAAAGCCGUGAACGACGGGAAGAGAAAAAAGCAGAGGACAAGAAAGUACAGGAAGAGGACGGUGUGCCUACCACAGAUCUGGAUGCUCCAGCAGACAAGCCGGCUACCCCAGAACCAAAGAAGGAGGAUGCGUCCCCUAAGCAGGAAGAAGUAGCAGCAGCAGAGCGCAAGAUUGAAGCAAGAGGGACUGAUGAUUCAAUGACCAGUAUGGUACGGUGCCUCUACUUCACCAAAACAUUCAUCCGUGACAGUGAGUCUGCCAAUGACACCUUGUGGGUUGGCAGCAAUGCUGGACAUGUCUAUAUCUUCACCUUAGAAGUGCCUGAAGAAGAGAAACGAGAGAGUACAGAGGUCACAGCUGAAAUCUGCAAAGAAAUUAAGUUGAAGCACGGAGCCCCGGUUGUAUCAUUGGUUGUGGUGGAUGAUGAUGCCUAUCCAUUACCUGAUCCUAUAGAUGUUAAGAAUGAAAGAGCCAAACCAGCUAAUAUGGCAAAGAACAGUUUGCUGAUCUGCUCAGAGGAACAAUUCAAGGUGUUUUCUCUGCCCAAAUUGAGGCCUGUGCAGAAAUUCAAAUUGACUGCAGUCGAUGGGGCUAAAGUACGCAAAGUGGCAUUCAUCAAUUUCAGGAGCAUAAAGGAUGACAAUGUUUCUGAGAACUGUGUGACAUGUUUAACCAAUUUGGGUGAUUUAUUUGUGCUGAGUAUUCCAUACCUGAGGAAGCAAUGUGUUUGCAGCGCCAUCAGUAAAGGCAACGUACAAGGCAUAUCAUCACUCGCGUUUACAUCCAAGGGCGAAGGGUUCUACCUACUAUCACCGUCAGAAUUUGAAAGGUUCUCUUUAUCUGUCCGUAAUACAACUCAACCAAUGUGCAUGUUGGAGCUACCAGAGGGCAUGAGGCCAAAACCCGUAGAACCGGAACCAGAACCAGAGCCUGAACCAGCUGCUGCUGCAGCUGCCGCUGCAGAACCAGAACCAGCUGCAGCAGAAGCUACAGAAACUGAAGCACCGGCUGAUGCUGCAGCACCUGAAACAACUGAAGAGAAACCGGAAGAGCCAGCAAAGGAAGAGGAAAAGAAAGAGGAAGUUGAAGAAAAGAAAGAAGAGACCGCAGAGAUCACUGCUGGAGAUGUGGCAGCAAGUGAUGAUGCAAAAGAGCAGUCAGCUGAUGAAUUAGUAAAAGAGGUGGCAUUGUUGCUUGAAAAGAAUCAAAUUAACACUGACGAGCCCGCCGCAGACGAAGGCGAUCCUUUAGAAUUGGUAGCAGAAGUGAACCAGCUGUUGGCAAAGAGUGGCAUUGAUGUCAGCAUGGAAGGAGAUACUGAAGAGAAUCCUGACAUCACUGUAGAUGAGGUCAAAGAUUAUCCUGUGCAAGAUAAAACCGAGGAAGCUGCUACUGAAGAGAAGCAAGAUGAUGCUGAUAAACCGGCCUCAGAAGAGCAAACAUCUAACUAAUUCUGAAGUAGCAAGUAGAGGUAUAAUGAGCCUAAUAAUGAGUCCAAGCAAGAGGAGUUGCCAGAAUUACAAAUAAAGGAAGAUACUGAAUGAUGAGUUCCUAAACUGUGAUUGUUCCAAUGUUGUAUAAUGCUAUCAGUGUGCAGUUGCCAGGAAAAUUGACCGUGUAUGAGGGUUUGCGGAUCAGUGCACAGCAGCCAGACCCCCGCUAUGACAAUGGUUUAACCCAGCAACAUUAUCUCUCUGCACUUUAUAUAGUUAAGAAAAAAAUGUCCCAAAAUAGAUUAAUUGUGAAAGUAAAGACUGUGUUAUUGUUAUACCCAUUGAAAGCCCAAUGAACAGGGUUGAAGCUUAGUGGGGACAAUUCACCAAAAAAAAAAAAAAAAAAAGAAAUUAAAAAUAUUUUUAAAAUGAUGAAGAAAUGCCAAUUUGAUUUGCAUUCCGAUGUUUGAAAGUAGAGGGAGAUUACAAGUGAAUGAGAUUAGAAGAGAAUCGGCUUAAAUACCAGGAACUUUCACACUUAAAUAGGAAUGUGGCUUCAUGUGUUAUAAUGAACAGAAAUGCUGUAAACAUUUUUUUUCCCUUUUUUUUAAAUUGGUAUGAGGGCAGUAUA